AUGCAAAUGAAAACAAGUCUGGGAUUUCUCAUACUCCUAACUUCUUCUAUCGGAAUCCUUGCAAACAUCCUAGUUUUUCGCCCGGUUUUCAAACUCGCAAAAAAUCCCCAAAAAUCAUCAAUUUAUGUCAUCUCAUUAUUCAAUAUUCUCGCAGAUAUUGUGAAUUUGUGUCUAAUCGCAUUCUAUUUAGCGCCAUGUAUAAUUUUUGAAAGUUAUAUCGUUGGAGAGAUAAACGAGGAAGGAAUUCCCAAAUUUAUGGGAUUUCUAGCAUUAUUGAUUUGGUAUACUGUGAAUAUGACACAGAUUGUAAUGGCGACUAAUAGGUACAAAGGAAUUAUUUGAUUUUUGAGAGAAACGUGGGAUUUUCAGAUACAUAGUAUUCUGCUAUCGAAACAAUAGCAUCUUCACACAUCGUAAUAUCUAUAUAAUUUUUCUGAUAACUUUUAUUUUAUCAUUUGCAAAAGCAUAUAUAGUGCAAUACAUUUUACCAUGCUGUGUGUAAGUUUACUGUUCUAAAAAAAAUAUUUUGGAAAAAAAAUAAAAAUUUAGAUUUGUGUUUGAUCAUGAGAUAAUAUCAUUCAACUAUGCGAGAAAACCAGAUUUUCCGAAUUAUAGUGGUUUGAGUGAUUUACCAUUAAACGUUUCCAGCACAAUUAUUGCAUUCUUUUGUUAUUUGUCGGUAAGUUCAAUUCGCUUUCCGACAUUAUCGAAAAAUCAUAUUUUUCAGAUCAUCUACAAAAUUCAUAAUUCCAACAAAAAUGUGCUUAACAUCGUAUCUCCUACCGCUCAAAAACUACGGAGAAAUAAAGAAUUCACUUAUGCGAUGCAAUUCUUCUCAAUCUCAAUUUUCUAUACAUUUGCAUGGGUUUUCCUUCGUGUAUUCCCAGUUUUGCUUGGAGAUCAGAAUGUUCAAUGGUUUGUUCUAGUCACGGUUUGUGUGAUUAUCAAUAGCAGUGCAAACGCUAUUAUUUAUCUGAUUUCCAAUCAUGAGGUAGAUACACUUUCAGAAUAAUGUUGAAGUUUAAAGAAAACAUAUUCAGAUAAUCGACAUGAUUAAAAAUCGACGAGCUAGUAUUAUAUCUGGAUCUUCGAUUGAACGAAAAUCUAAUAAUUUCUGA